CUUUGCCUCUACAAAACUUGUUCUUCUCUCAACCUUCUUUUCCUCACUUCCCUUUCUCUCUCUCUUCACUCUUCCCUACGCUUUCUUAUUUCCCAUUUUCUUUUUCAUUUUUAUCAAAAUGACGGACCAGUCCUCCAAGCCCAACGGAAACGCCGCAAUUAACGGCACCGCCGCCACUAACGGCAAUUCCGCUCCCGUCAAGUCCCAACUCUACAAUCCCAACCGUCAAGUUUACCGACCGCAAUCCCAUUACCACCGCCGAGGCCAGCGCUCCCACCGCAACCUCUGCUGCUGCUGCUGCUUCUGGACCAUCCUCACCGUCCUCGCCGUCGCGCUCCUCGCUGCCAUUGUCGGCGCCGCACUGUACGUACUGUACCGCCCGCACCGUCCCGAAUUCUCCGUCACCAACCUCCGCAUUGUCAAGAUGAACCUCACCUCUUCCGCCGACUCUCCCUCGCACCUCGUCACGCUCUUCAACCUCACUCUCAUCGCCAAAAACCCCAACAACCACCUUAUUUUCUUCUACGACCCCUUCGCCGUUACGGUCUUCUCCAACUCCGUCCCCGUCGGGAACGGCUCCGUUACGGCCUUUACCUCCGACAAAAACAACCAGACGAGCCUCCGCGCCGUGCUGUCCGGUUCGCAAGAUCUGGACACUGAUUCCUUGACUAACCUGAGAUCGGGUCUGAAGAUGAAGAAGGGUUUCCCCGUUGAGAUACAGAUGGAUACCAAGGUGAAGAUGAAGAUGGAUUGGCUCAAGAGCAAGAAGGUGGGAAUUCGAGUAACGUGCGACGGAAUCAGAGGAACGGUUCCCGCCGGCAAGUCUCCGGCAGUGGCUUCCGUCGUGGACUCCGAGUGUAAGGUGGAUCUUCGAAUCAAGAUCUGGAAGUUUUCCUUUUAAUAAUAAAAAUAAAAAUAAUAAUGUCUUUUUGGUUGAUCGAUUGUUAUUAUUAUUGCAAAAUUCGUUAUUAUCAUCCACAUCUUACCGAUUUCAAUAAUCAGUCCCAUCAUGGAUUCCUUAUCUCUCUCGUUUUUUUUUUUUUUUUUUUUCCCUUUUUUGAUAAUUUCCUUGAGGGGGGAUGGAUUGAUUAUGAUUUAUGUGGUGAGAAUUAAAGGUGAAAUUUGUAUGGAGGAAAAUGAAUUUUGAGAUUGUAAUAUGAGAUUUAGGGCAGAAGGUCCUGAAUUUAGUUUUUUUGUUUUUUUCUUUUUAAUUCGUCAUUGUAAUUUGUUGAUGUAAUUUGAUUCAAAGCUCUUACAGUGAUGCAACUGAAAAUUACAUGAUGUGGGUUUUGAAA